AUGCUGAGCCGACUGAUGAGCAGCAGCAUCAGGAGUCUGGACAGGGAAUGCAACUGCACUGUGAGGCUGCUGGACGAUUCGGAGUACACCUGCACGAUUCAGCGGGAUGCCAAGGGACAGUACCUGUUUGACCUCAUUUGCCAUCAUCUCAACCUGCUGGAGAAAGACUACUUUGGCAUCAGAUAUGUUGACCCAGACAAGCAAAGGCACUGGUUGGAGUUUUCAAAGUCAAUUGCCAAACAAAUGAAAUCCCAACCUCCAUUCACUAUGUGUUUACGUGUCAAGUUUUACCCACCUGACCCUGCUGCUCUGAAAGAGGAAAUCACCAGAUAUCUCGUCUUCCUGCAGGUUAAGAGGGAUCUCUACCAUGGUCGCCUCCUGUGCAAGACAUCAGAUGCUGCUCUGUUGGCUGCCUACAUAUUACAAGCUGAAAUCGGUGACUACGACCCCGGGAAACACCCAGAGGGCUACAGCUCCAAGUUCCAGUUCUUCCCCAAACACUCAGAGAAGCUGGAGCGGCGGAUUGCUGAGAUCCACAAGACUGAGCUGAUAGGUCAGACUCCUGAAACGUCAGAGCUCAAUUUCCUCCAAAAAGCUCAGAUGCUGGAGACAUAUGGAGUGGACCCUCAUCCAUGCAAGGAUGUGUCCGGCAACCCAGCUUUUCUGGCUUUCACUCCUUUUGGAUUCACUGUGCUGCAAGGAAACAGGAGGGUCCAUUUCCUCAAAUGGGAGGAGGUGACCAAACUCAAGUUUGAAGCAAAGACAUUCCAUAUAUAUGCAAAUCAGAAGGAGGAUAAGAAAAUCAUACUGACUUACUUUGCACCUACACCUGAGGCCUGUAAACAUCUGUGGAAGUGUGGAGUGGAGAAUCAGGCUUUCUACAAGUUGGAGAAGUCGAGUCAAGUCCGCACUGUGUCCAGUAGUAAUCUCUUCUUCAAGGGUAGUCGCUUUAGAUACAGCGGAAAAGUUGCAAAGGAAGUCAUGGAACAAAGUGCCAAAAUUAAAAGAGACCCCCCUGAGAUCCACAGGGCUGGCAUGGUGCCAAGUAGGAGCUGUCCAUCCAUCACCCACGGCCCUCGUUUGACCAGCGUGCCCAGGACCCGGCGAAGAGCUGUGCACAUCUCUAUCAUGGAAGGUCUGGAGUCCCUUCGAGACAGCGCCCACUCCACGCCUGUGCGCUCGGUCUCCCAUGGCGACUGCUUUAUGCCUUCCCGGGGCCAGAUGGUGGACGGCAGCGAGGCAAGUACAUCAGCAGUCAUCUCAGACGAGGCCUACAGCCCUUCAGACAGCGUGCUGCCCACACCCGUGGCAGAACAUGGCCACGAGAUGCCUUUGGCUCGCCACCUCAAUGGCUCUACUUGCAGCGCCGAUGACGACAAGGAGUCAGAGGCGGGGACGUCGAAGGAGGGGCAGGCGGCAGAGUUUAGGCCCGGCAGGAGAGCGCUGCGAAUGGUCAGGAGCAGGCCGUCACCACCAAGUGAUGUAGAGGAGCUGAACAAGUUCGUCCUGAGCGUGUUGCGUCUGUUCCUCGUUACCAUCGGACUGCUGUUCGCCCUGCUGCUGCUCCUCAUCAUGCUGACAGAGUCAGACCUGGACAUUGCCUUCCUGAGAGACAUCCGCAAGACACCUGAAUUCCAGCAGUUCCACUUUGAAUACUUCUGCCCUCUGCGGCGCUGGUUCGCCUGUAAGUUACGAUGGAUGGGAGGUUUCCUCAUCAGCAAGUGAGGCGAGGGGAAAGGUGCAGAGACUGAAUGACACAACACAGGUCUCCACUGAUGGAGACGGGACACAUACAACAGACUGACAGGAGAGAGGGUGAGAGGAGGGAAAAGGAAAAAGACGGAAAAGGAAAAAGAUAGUAGCCCUGUUCCCAAUAUGGACUCAGCUUCUCCCAGGAAGAAGUUCCUGUCACAAGCCACGGACUGUCCCCUGAAUAGCCUUGUUUAUAAUGUUUGAUCAUCACUGCGAGGAAAGAAAAUCACAUUUUACUUUGGAAAUUAUUAUUAUUUUUACACAAAAUCACAGCAACAGGGUUUAAUUUAAACACUGAAAGGGACACGCCAGUCUGACAGACUUCACCUAUUCAACCACCGAUAAUAGUUGCCUUUAUUUUUGUAUUAAUUUAUAUGUUGUAACAUUACUGUAAGACAGAGCGACUUGAUGUGUCGGGGUGUGUGUUGUGCGACCUGAGAGUCUGCGUAACGUUUUGAAGAAGAAGACGAGGAGAUGGGGGGCAGUCUAGCUCAUCUAAUCUUCUCAUUUCAAAGCCAACAACAACAUUCUCGAUGAUUAAAUGUUAUUAUAGUCGCUGCUAUGAGACUGAUAACUGCUGUUUGGAGUUGUAACGGUAUCUGGGGGCGUUAGAGAAAGUGUGAAAAGGAAAACUAAGCAGCACUUACCGAAUGUAGAUCGGUCCUGAGUAAAAUAAUAUUUGCAAAUAUUAUAUUCUGUUCCAUACAGUUUUUAGGCAGAUAUGUGGAAUUUGUCGUGUAGAGCAAAGAGAAUUUAGCACACUUUAAGUAACUGACAACUCCCCUGAAUUCUCCUGAUGUGGUAUGCAACCACACAUCUGGCAUAUUGAAUUUAAACAAGUGCUAAGUAUUAGUUGCAAUAGCUGUUUGACCCAGGAGUGACGUCGGUGCUGCCCUGUUAGAAGCCUUGAAUGAUUUUUUUGUAAUAAGUGUGACUUAGUUUGUGGUCAGAUGUGCGUCAACAUUGUGCUCACGUUACCAUUUUUUUGUCCAGAGCACCAAUAAAGGUUCAUCGUCCCACGACUAUAAAUGAAGCUUUUGUAAGGGAUGUGAGUAAGUAAUGCAGGUAGUAAGUUUGCUGAUUUUAUUAAAUAGCAGCCAAAUAAUGCUAAUAACUACAAUCAACUUCUUUGUGUAAGGAACAGUUGUCACUUUGCUGUAGUUACUUUUACGGUAGUUGAAAAAGUGAUGGGACUGUGUGAGCUAGCGCUGUAGUGAUAGUGAAGUGUUUGGUUAGCUCUUUGACUCCCACACUCUGUAGAAGGAGCUUAUCUUGAUGUGCAAUACUGUUAAUAUAAAAAAAAAACUCAAGAUCCUCUCCAUGAUGGGAAAUUUGACCUUGUUUUACCUUUGUAAAGUGCAAAAAUGAGUGCUUUUUCCCCCCACAGUAUACAGUUAAGAGAGCUAAUGUACUUGUUGUUUUAUGUUUGUUUGUUUGUUUGUUUUGUUUUUUGUUCAAGACCCAUGUUUCAUUUUUUGUUUAGCCCUGCUGUGUUCAAAUUCAUGUGCUUAUCUGUAAAAGCUGAAUAUAUUUGAAUCAUGUCAUGUUUCCAUUUUUGUACAAACUGAUGUCUGGUCAGCACAUGGAGAUUUCCUCACAGUGACUUUUAAUGGACUUGAAGCAUUAUUUUUUACAGUGAUUACAUGGUUUUCGGCCCCACGCUUGCUUCCAAGAGAGCCUAAGAUAAGUCAUGUUUACGUCCUACUGCAGUCUUCAUCAUCGCACCUACCAAAGAAAACCUCUGUUGUCUGAUAUUUCUGUCAGUUUGCGUCAACAGAUGGAAACUCUGAUAGUCUGCUGUGCUUCUCCAGCCUUAUGUUCUUUCACAGGUUAGCCUACAGCCCAGAGUAACCAACAGCAUCAUUUAAAACCAUAGUCCGUUUGUGACAGUCAACUCGACAAGCCUACAAGAGGUUCAUUGGGAUGUACGGUAUGUAGGUGUAUAUGCUGUGUGCCAGUGGUAACUCUAGGCUGAUCAGCAGGUGUACAACAUUAUACCUAAAAAAAAAAAACAAAAACAAAAAACACAUAUGGAUGUAUUAUUUAUGCAACAAGAGGAAUGGUUUAGGAUCGUGAUUGGCUGAGGGGUUCAGGAGGGGCAGUUUGGAAAGUUACUGUAUUAAUGUUCAAAUCUCUCCCACAAACUUCCACAAGUUGAAAAUUAAUAUGAAAAUUAUGCUUUGAGAAUCCCUCUAGUAUUAAAUACCAGGCUUUAAAUGUUGAUGUUAUUUUUGUACAGUACUGAUAUUUUCAAAUUCAGCAAUGGUGAAAUGACCAGAGGUCAUUCUUUUUUCCUUUUAGUGCAGAGUUGGAUGAGUUAGAGUUAACAGGAAUAUCGACUAAUAUAUUUAUAUUCAAUAGAAAAAACAUAUUUUGCGGUUGAUUGUCAGAUAAAUUACUGAUGUAUUUGCUUUAAUUCAGAUGGUGCUCAGUGGUUUUUGAUUGAUGUGUUAGGUGAAAGGUACCAGUUGAGGCUGAAAAUUUGCUUUUUACCUCCUAUAAUUUGUACUUUAAAGUCUCAUUUUAUGUUCAUGCGUAUGAAUAAAAUAUACAUAAUUUGAGCAAUAAAUAUUACAGAUAACAUAAUGAAUACUAAUAACCAUGAAUUGCAAAACUAAUGUUCGUCUCUGUCUGCUAGACAUGAAAAAUGUCUUUUGAGUCCUCUCAGAAGGUAAAACAGCCUGUAGAUGCAUGUGUGAAGGGAAUGGUGUCCACUGUUCCCGAUUAGCCACUGUGGCAGGUAAUGCGGAUAUUUCUCCAAGAUAUCCAAAGUUGUCCAAAAA